AUGUCUAAUGAGAGUGAUGGACUUAAGUGUGCCUUCUCUAGUGAGAGUGGUAGACCUAAUUGUGCCUUCUCUAGCGAGAGCAGUGGACUUAACUGUGCAUUCUCUAGUGAGAACUGUGCUUUCUCUUGUCAGAGUGGUGGACUUAAUUGUGGCUUCUCUAGGAAGAGUGGUGUACAUAACUGUGCCUUGUCUAGUGAAAGUGGAAUUAACUUUACCUUCUCUUGCGAAAGUGGUGGACUUAACUGUGCCUUCUCUAGUGAGAGUGUUGGACUUAACAGUGCUUUACCUAGUCAGAGUGGUGGAAUUAACAAACAACAAGGCACGGCCUUCCCUAGUCAAAGUGGACUUAACUUUACCUUCUCUAGUCAGCGUGGUGGACUUAACUGUUCGUUCUCUAGUGAGAGUGGUGGAAUUAACUGUGCCUUGUAUAGUAAGGGUGGUGGACUUAUCUGUGACUUCUCUAGUCAGAGUGAUGGACUUAACUGUGCCUUCUAUAGUGACAGUGGUGGACUUAACAGUGCCUUCUCUAGUGACAGUGGUGGACGUAACUGUGCCUUCUCCAGUAAAAGUGGUGGACUCAACUGUGCCUUCUCCAGGGAGAGUGGUGGGGUUAACUGUGCUUUCUCUAGUCAGAGUGGUGGACUUAACUGUGCCUUCUCUAGUGAGAGUGGUGGACUUAAAUGUGCCUUGUCUAGUAAGGGUGGUGGACUUAUCUGUGACUUAUCUAGUCAGAGUGAUGGACUUAACUGUGCUUUCUCUAGUCAGAGUGGUGGACUUAACUGUGCCUUCUUUAGUCAGAGUGGUGAACUUAACUGUGCAUUCUCUGGUGAGAGUGGUGGACUUAACUGUGCCUUUUGUAGUGAGAGUAGUGAACUUAACUGUGCCUUCUCUAGUCAGAGUGGUGGACUUAACAGUGUCUUCUCUUGUCAGAGUGGUGGACUUAACAGUGCCUUCUUUA